CCAGUACUCAAGCCACUUCGGCUCGAGAGCCGCGCCCCCGUGCGUUUGUGGUUUUCGAGUUGUUUCGCCUCGCUUCCACGUUGCGCUUGAGGGGCAGCAGCGCGGCAAUCCCACAUUGUGUUGAUUGUUGCCCCUGGUUGGCGAAGGAGGCGAGAGAGAUCGAUGGCUAAGAAAGGUGCUCAGAAGGCCAAGGCUGCCACUGCCAAGGCCCCCACUUUUUGGACCAAGGGCGGUAAGUGUGGGACCUGCGAGUGGAACUCAGUCUUGCAAGGCCGCAGUGAGUAUUGCAGGUGUGACACGUGUAAUGACCUCUACAAGCUUAGGCAUGAAGGAGAGGUGGGCAGCUCGCCCUUCCCCCGUGUCAGCCCGAGAAGCGUGCCAGCUCAUCCCCACCGAUAAGAAGACCGCGUGCCAACAGGCCCCCGCUUUGGUUACGGACGCCGUUUUAAAGCAGCUUCUCACAGCGCUGGCGCAGAAGUUGGAAGCCCAGCCCGCCUCCACGGUCGAGUCCUUGGCCCCAGAAAAACCACUCCGACGAGCCACGGCGGCGGCGAAUGAUGCGGGUGUCGAAGCUCCAGCGGCGUUGGCACUCGCGCCUGCAGAGCGUGCCGAGCGUUUCGCAGUUCGUGUACUUGCCGAGCAAGACGGGCUCCAGUCAGCUCACUUUCAAGGACAAGGGGAUAAGCACAUCUUCAGUGCAUCUUGGGACGAGUCGUUCUUUGCUCGGAUCGAUACCCUAGAGGGUGAGGAGCUCGAACGCGAGAUUCUCAAGCAGCUGGAGAAGGAUCUGAAGUCCACUCGCUCCAGCCCCGCCGGCAAGUCGACCCAGGUCAAGGAGAGGAUACCAGGGCUCCAAUCAGAAGAUCAUCCAGGACAGGCUCGCCCAGAAACGUCUUGGCGACGGCGACAAAUUGCGCACAGGCGGAGACCAGGUUCCUCCAGCGACGGCCGCCGCACCCAACGACCCGAAGGAUUCGGACAGGCCCAGCGCGGGCGCGGCCGCAGAGGACGCCGCCGCCCGCGCCAGGCUCCUGGCCGAGGCCCAGCGCAUCAGCGCUGCCAAGGUCACGGCGCAGACGGCAGCGACAGUCGCAGCAGCCGAAGGCGGCGGUCGCGGCUGGGCGACUUCGGCGGCAUCAGCAGCAGGCGGCAGCGCCGCCGCGGCAUAGCACAGGACAGCAGCCAGCGCGACUCGUUCGAGGCACGGCUAUACCAUCGUCUUCUGAGGGUCUCGCAGGGUCGGGCUCCACUUGCCAGGCAGCCGCUGAGAGAUCACCCCCGGGCCUUCUUGGGGCAGACAGCGAGGGCGAUGCCAGUGAGGCGUUGCUUUUUUUGCCCGCGUCACGGCGAUGGGAAAGAAAGCCCUGGGUUUUCUUACUGACCAGAGCGCCUCUGCCGACAGUUAUCGACCUUUCUGCGAGGCGCAUGCUGAAUCUCUCGCAGCGCGCGCGCGCCUUGGACGGAGUCGGCCGUCAAGGCGCGCGCGGCACUUUUCGCAAGUCUCGCUCGCAGGUCUGGCGCGACUUCCACAGCGGCUGGCCAAGCCGAAGCUAAUUCGGGCGGCGAUUGGAUUUGAACCCGAAAGCAUUUGCAAACACAUUCUUUUGUUUCUUCCCAGAGCGCGUGCGCCGACCUUGCAGCGGACGGCAGAAGCUCCUUUGACGGCUUCACUGCUGCAGUAUGUCCUGAGCAGAAUAUAGUACGAUCAUUAGUUCAUGUUACCGAUUGUGCGACGAAGGUGUUUCGAGCAG